AUGGUUCUGAUCUCGCCGCGCGCCGAGCCAGCCAUGCAAGCCGCGCGGACGUCCGCUAUCAGUGUGUGUGCAGACUGCAGCAUCCCCGCAGGUCUCCGGAUAGGACCGGUGGCCGGCAUCUUCAAACUCGGGAAGUACGUGUCGGACCGCAAAGACGUGGGCCCCAAGAAAAAGAUUCGCAUGGUGAGGGGAGAGUUGGUGGACGAGUCGGGUUGUCCUGUGCCGGACUGGAUCGGCUUGAUACGCGCCGCCAGGAACAGUCAAGAGCAAAACCUAGAAGCUGUCUCUGAUUUACCCGGUGGACAGAUUUUCUACCGCGUGCUGAGGGAGGUCCCUGCAGGAGAGGAGCUGAGUGUGUGGUACUCCAACCCUCUGGCCCAGUGGUACGACAUACCCACCACCGCCACGCCGACGCACGACGAAAAAGGUGAGGAGCGCUACAUCUGUUGGUAUUGUUGGAGGAUAUUCAAAUACCCCAACACACUCAAGGCGCACGUCCACUUCCACUGCGCUCUGAGCAACGGACGGGGGGUUGUAAACAACGAGCAGGCCCGAGGCACGGAGAGCUUCAACAGGUCACCGAAAUCCGGAGACAUCCCCAACACCUCGACCUCUCCGAGCAACGGACACAACACCUCCAUCUCAGACUCUGGCAGGCGGACUGUGUCCUCCUCGCCUUUCGUGAACAAAGCGGCGCUGUCCAAGAAAACCAACUCGGAGGAGCAGGACAGGGCUCUUGACAUGAGCGUAACCUCAGCCAGAAACCACGGACACCUCCUUGGCGUCGGAGCUGCGUCCUCCGUACUGAGCAACAUGGGCUUCCACCCCGGCGUGCGUUCCGCGUUCAAGCCUAUGGGCGUCUCCAAAGUGUCGGCCACCGACGUCUGCAGGGAGGACUCCAAACUCAGCGGCCUGGGAUUCAGCAAACUCGUUGGCAACAUGAAGCCAAUGCGCAAUAUCAACGAGGCGUUGAACGGUGGCAGCCAUCCGCCAAAGUGUGUACCCACAAUGGACUCGACUUCCCCCAUGGUGCCAUGCGCAAACGCCAUCCGGGGUUUCCCGGUGCUACCUCACAUUGAGGAGAACUCCGCUUUCAAGCAGGUGGAGAGCAGGGUGCACCCCGGCCUGUCCCCGUCCCGUUACCCCCAGAUGCCCCCUGGAUUUCACUUUGAAAGAUUCUCCCUCCCUCAGUUCGACGGUGUCAAGCCCUACAGCGGAGACUGUAACAUCCCCCUCAUGCCCUUCACCGUCUACAACGGGGAGCUCCUUUAUAGCUCGCCGUACUACCCGCUCAAAUUCCAUUUUAGCAAUCUGCUCAAGUACCCAGAGUCGAUGUCCUAUUUCGGCGCCCCGUCUCUGAACCAAGACCUCGGCUCCAUCGCGAACAUCGACAGGGAGAUAGCCAUGCACACGCAGCAGCUGUCGGAAAUCGCCGUGGAGAAGAACAGGGCGAGGCUGGACUCGAUGCCCGCCGGCAACGCGGGCUCCGGCAAGCCCAAGAAGGGCCACCUGUGUCUGUACUGCGGCAAGCUGUACUCGAGAAAAUACGGACUUAAAAUACACAUGAGAACACACACGGGGUACAAGCCGCUCAAGUGCAAAGUGUGUUUCCGGCCCUUCGGCGACCCGAGCAACCUGAACAAGCACAUCCGCCUCCACGCGGAGGGCAACACCCCGUACAGGUGCGAGUUCUGCGGCAAGGUGCUGGUGCGCAGGAGAGACCUGGAGCGCCACGUCAAGUCCAGACACCCCGGGCAGACCAUCAAGAAGACCGACGACAAAGCCGAGGGCAUGUUCGACGACGCCGAGCAGAAGAGCGACAACGACAGUGACGUCGACGUGUGCUUCACCGACGACCAGAGCGACCAGGAGUCCAGCAAACACAACGACUGA